AUGUUCUCAGAAGGACCUAACAAAAUACGUCUUCACUCUUGCCUAAGCCAUACUUUAUGGCAAAUAGAGAAUCUAAUGCCUUCAGGUCUAAGUCCUGGAUUGCCAUCCUAUAGAGGAAAUUCCAUAAUACUUUUUCUUUCAGUGAGACAAGCGUCAUCCGCCAAAAAGCCCUCCUUAUUACAUAUUACCCUCAACAAAUCAGGGAUAAGUGCAGACAUCCCCACACCGAGUAUCAAGCAAAAAAUUCACCCUUUCUCUCUUCAUGUAACAGACUCAAUAUCCUUCAAAGACUCCUACUAUCCAUUUGGAUACCAAACUAAAAGUUCAAGAGUAGAAGAGAUCCCAACCAAGCCAGAAGACCAGUCUCCCCAUUCAACUUCAUAUUUUUGCUCCACUAAAUUCCAUCCAAAACCGUAUUUCUCCUCAUUGCUAACUUCUGCGCACCUUCCCCGGCAAAGCUUGGUUAAACAUCCAACUCUUCUUCCUUCGCCAUCAAAAGAAUAA